UGGACUUUGAAGUGGGAGGGCCGAAUGACGCACGUCAGCUAAGAAGUUUGCCUAUGUUUGUUUGCGCCACAUGUACCCGCCCAAAGAAAAGACAGAAAGAAGGUUGUGUUUCAAAUUUGGCUAGACGUCGCACUCUCGACACCGUCUACCGACUACUACCCGACUGCUCGCUCAAACGGGGAAGGGCCCACGCGGUUACUCAAGAAGCUCAACUGCGAUAGCAGGUUACGGCAGUCCUCAGCGGCCCCCACCCACAUCUUUCUCCUUUUGCGAUACUCUUAUCUUCCCAUUCUCCACGACAACUGGUCUUUCUUUUAAUACUCUUCUUGCAUUGAAAUGCAUUCCAGGGAAGCGAUCAUUCUCGGUCGACAGGACAAUAAUGACUGCGUGAAUCCCAAUCCCGCCAAUACGAUCACUGACCGACUCAAUACGCUUCUCAAUUCUUCUGGAGCUGGUUAUACACUGCAACUUUGCGCCGGGGCAGAGUACCUGUUGCAAGCUCCCAUUCUUUUCGCCGCCCCUCAGCAGGAGAUAAGCACGGUCGGCUAUCCUACUGGAGAUGAGCGCGCCACUCUCAUUGUUAAUGGACCGGUCUUCAAUGGAACAGGCCACACAACCGCUAUAGAUGGGACCUGCGCCAAUUGUACAGGUAUAAAGAUCAGGAACAUUCAGAUCAAUGGUACUCGUCUCGGAGCCACACCAACUUCUGGAGGGGCCAAUAUUGAGAUCGGUGGGCCUAAUACAGAUCAAGUCGUCGAAUAUGUGAGAUCGUUUGAUCCUCGAAGCUGGUCAUGUCUUCAUAUCGCGGAGGGUGGCUUACAAUGUAAGAACGCUACCAUUCAAAAUAAUGACAUUGGUCCCUGUGGGAGCGAUGCUUUUCAGCAAUGGGCCGAUGGUAUCAGUGUAGCUUGCGCCAACAGCGUCGUCCGUAACAACAUGGUGGAGAAUCCCACGGACGGUGGGAUUGUUCUGUUUGGAUCUCCCGGCACCCAGGUGUACAACAAUACAAUCUGGGUCGUAAACCAAACCCUUCUCGGGGGCAUUAACAUGGUGGAUUACGAUCCUUGGAGUGGCGACUAUAGCGGGACGGUCGUUCAUAACAACACUAUGCUGGGAGGCUUCGCUACGGACACACCAGAAGGCAGUGAAACCAAGGGCGACAAUGUUGACGAUGCUAUCAUGAAGAUCGGCGUAGCUAUUGGACCUCGGACGUGGUUUGGACCCCGGUAUGGCACUAAUCUCAGUCGUUCGGGGACGGUCUACGACAACAGGUUCUCCGGAGCGUUCAGCUAUGCUAUCGCCAUCACAUCGGCCACCAAUUUCACAGUUCAGGACAACGUCUUGUUCGGAAAUACGUCCUUCAUUGGCGCUGUUGGGCCGAACUGCACUAUCACCGAUGCUGACAUCCCGACUCCCGCCCCGUUCGUGAUAGAUAGGAAUUUCACCUCAGACAUGUCUAUGCAGUCCAAUUUCCAGAACAUCACUAAAGGGGACUCUAUUACUUGCGUGGCUCCUCCCGCUGGCGGCGACUAUUGGCCGUAUGGUGGAAACCCGGAGACCAGUUCUGGUUCAUCGGGUAGCGGAAGUAACAGCAACAGCAGCAGUGGUGGUGGUGGGACAUCCACGGGAGCCAAGGUGGGCAUUGCUAUUGGCGUGGUAGCCGGCGUCAUUGCUCUUGCUCUGGGUGCUUGGUUCCUUCGCAAGUGGGCCAUUAAUCGUUCUGAGUCGAAGCGCUUGUACAACUCCACGCGCAAGUCGCGAUAUUUGAAGAAUUUCUAGUUGUCUUCUCUCCAUCUGGACAUUGGAUCACAUCAUACCCGCCAUGAAUUCUACAGAUCAUUCAGUCUACGACCAUUUCAUCGGACAUUGCUACGUAC